UAUUUUUAGGUUACAACAGUUUUCGUUUUAUUUUGUGAUUUGUCCAUUUACAAUUAUAGCAAUAAUUCAGGCCACAUUAUUGUACAAUAUAAAUGAAUGUGUGUACUUAUAACGUGCAGUAAUGGCAGUCGUAAUAGAAACAAGUCUUGGUGACAUUACUGUAGAUCUUUACGUAGAACUUAGACCCCAAACAUGUCGGAACUUCCUAAAAUUAUGCAAGAUGAAAUAUUACAACUACAAUCUAUUCCAUUCCAUAAGAAGUGGGUUUAUAGCCCAGACAGGUGAUCCGACGGGUGAAGGAUCCGGCGGACAAUCCAUUUGGGGUGUCCUAGAGGGUCCAGAAAAAAGAUUUUUCUCUGGAGAAAAAAUGCCUAAAAUUCGUCAUUCUGAAGUUGGCUUACUAUCUAUGGUGGGCACUGAUGAUAUGAUGGUAGGUUCUCAAUUCUUUUUUACUUUGGCCCCUGACUUGAACUCAUUAGAUGGCACACAUUGUGUGAUUGGUGAAGUGACUGAAGGACAUGAAAUUUUAACUAAGUUGAAUGAAGUUAUAUGUGAUGAGACACAUAGACCUUACCGUGAUGUGCGUAUAACUCAUACAGUUAUCUUGGAAGAUCCAUUUGUUGACCCUCCUGGCUUCAGAGCUCCAUCUAGAUCACCAUCACCAAACCCAGAGCGGUUGAAAGGUGGACGUAUCGCUCCUGAUGAAGAUAUUGAUGAAACUGAGGGUAAAACUGCAGCAGAGAUACAAGAGAUGAUUGAGGAGAAGGAAGCUAAAGCACGAGCCACAAUUCUUGAAAUAGUAGGAGACUUACCAGAUGCCAAUAUUGCCCCUCCCGAAAAUGUUCUGUUUGUUUGUAAGCUCAACCCUGUCACUACAGAUGAUGACUUAGAAAUUAUAUUUAGUAGAUUUGGAAAAAUUGUUAGCUGUGAAGUAAUUCGUGAUAAAAAGACUGGGAACUCUUUACAAUAUGCAUUUAUUGAAUUUGAUAAUAAAAAAUCAUGUGAAGAUGCUUAUUUUAAAAUGGACAAUGUCUUGAUUGAUGACCGACGAAUUCAUGUAGACUUUUCACAGUCAGUGUCUAAAAUGAGAUACUUAGGUAAAGGAAGAGGAGUUCAAUAUUUAAAUGAUGAUAAUAGUGAAGCAGAUAUGGUAAAAAAAGGUAGAUCUCUUAGUAGAGAUCGUGAAAACAGAAGGCAGAAAUUUAACCAUAAAGACUAUGAUCGAAAUGAUAACCAAAGAAGUUAUGUAAAAACUGAUAAUCACCUAAUAAUUCAUCACAUUGUUGGCUAA